AUGGCACUCAUUUCUUUUGACUCAAAACCUAAAAUUUUGAGUGAAAGUUCGAAACUUGAGAGGAAAGAUGGAAACUUUGGCAUCAAUGAGGAUGAAAGUGGGAUUCCGUUGGUCGUUGUGAGAGUAAUGGUGGCUGAAAAUUUGCUUCAAAGAGGACCUUUUAAUCCAAUUGAUUCUUCAACUUGUUUUGAGAAAGAGAGUGACGAGUGA